GGCGCGGGCCCGCCAUAUACAUUUUUUUUUUUUUUUUUUUUUUUUUUUUUUUUUUUAAUCACGCAUCUUGAGUUUGAUGUUGUAAGCCUCUUGGUGGUUGGAUGUUGAGACGCCCGGCUAAUUUCCACCAUGAAUAUGUUAAUGCCAAUUCGAUUGGUGUAUUAUGCGAAACAUUGUUAUAAUCGAAUAAGAAGAACUGCUGUGGCAUUAGUACGUUUGCAUAAAUCGACACAGCAAUUUCUACAACCUGCAAUUCUAUAGGUAACGGUGAUGUUGGCACCGCACGUUUUUCAUUUGCUGUUAAUGGUUUUCGUGAUGAUCCUGGAAAACAAUAG